AUGAUAGCAAGACCAAGACCGAUUUUGCCCAUCACUGGCGAAGAGACCCCGAAGAGUGACGUGACCAACCCCCCGCUGCAGACAGUCGUGGCCAAAGCCGGGAAGAACAUUUCCCUGGCUUGCCCAGGUGUCACGGAACACUCCUUGGUGUCGAUGCUGGAAUGGAGGGCGAACGGGGUCCGAAUAUUGGAAUACAGCAGCAGCAGCACCACCGUCUGGGCACACAGUAAUCGGGUGUCGUUGUCGCCGAGUAAUUUUGCCCUGGUCUUUCAUCCUGUCAAGUCGGAGGACAGUGGCGAGUACCAGUGCCUGGUCAACAGUCGCAACAAACCGGAGGCUGUGGUCAACCUCAUCGUCCAAGACGUUCCUGCGCCCCCGGAACGGCCUCUGGUGACGCACUUCACAUCUCGAGCGGUGAACCUCUCCUGGGCUGACAGUGCGAAUUCGCACAAUAACCCGAUCUCGUACUACGUCAUCAGCAUCCGGGUGGGCGAGUUCGGACGCUGGGACGAGAUGGAUGAAAUUAAAACGCCCACUAAUAAGACGACGUACACCAUUGAAAACCUGACUCCAUUCACCGUCUACAGUUUUCGCGUGUCUGCGGUGAACACGUUGGGUCGCAGCGAAGCAAGUCGCGAUUCCUACUUCAUGGUAACCCUUCGCGAAGCUCCAGAGGGAAGACCGACGAUUAUCUCGGCACACAAUACGUCCUCUUCGUCCAUCCAUAUUACAUGGAAGUCGCCCACCCGGGACACGAUUCACGGGGAAUUCCUUGGAUACCGAAUCUCGUAUCGUCCUGUCGACAAAGGAGAGGCAGAAGUCAAGGAGAUUUACAUCCGCGAUCCCAAUGUCGAGAGCCACACCAUAAGGGACUUGGAGACCUACACGAAGUACCGAGUGUCCCUGCAAGUCUUCAACCCCGAAGGAACAGGACCCCCCGCGACGGCGUUCGUCACCACCGACGAAGGAGUUCCCAGCAGGCCGCUGAACCUCACUGCCCAUGGUGUCACAUCGUCUUCCAUAGAGCUAUCCUGGCAGGAGCCAGAAAACGUGAAUGGCGUCAUCGAGGGGUACCGGGUCUACUACAUGCAUUCCAAUUUUACCGACGUCAAGACACACAAAGAUGACAAGGCCCACCGGGACGACAACGCCAAGAAUCAGGUGGUCACGUUCAACCUGACCAGCCUCGAACCAUUUACGGAGUACAUAAUAUGGGUGAAGGCCUUCACAUGGAAGAACGAGGGAGAGCCUUCCGAGCACAUAACCCACAAGACCGACAUCGCAGGACCCGGGGCACCCACCAUACUGAAUUUGACAUGUCAAGCCCACGACGCGAUAUACAUCCAUUGGGCGAGGCCCGGGCUCUUCUGGAACACCAUCGACUAUUACUACAUUACCUAUAGCAGCCCGAAUGCCAAGGAAUACGAGGAAAUCGAGCUGCUCGCCGACAAGGAGGAGCUGGACAGCAGAACGGUAAUCCCGAAUCUGACCAUGAACACCAUGUACGAAGUCAUGGUGAGGGGCGCCACGAGGAGCAUCAUCGAUCGCCGGCUCGUCAUCAAGGGGAACAACACGGAGCCCAGGAAGAUCCUGGUGGCUCAGGACUGUGACAAAACCCCUCCGUUAAUGCGCAGGAGUACCAAGGACCUAAGUGCAGGAGUCAUCGCGGGAAUGGUCUGUGCAUGCUUCGCCGUGAUGCUAGCCAUCGCGUCGUUCGUCCUGUGGAGAAAGUGCUUCCACACUGCAUAUUACUACUUGGACUACCCACCGAGGAACGUCCCGACGCUGCAAGACUGGGAGAACAGCGAGCAGGACGGAGAGAGAACCGCCGUGGCCGUUCAACAAUUCGCUCAACACGUUACCGAAUUACAUGCCGACGGGGACAUCGGCUUCAGUAAGGAGUACGAAUUAAUCCAAUUGGACACUGGCAGUUACACCGUCGAGAACUCCGAGUAUGCAGAGAACAAGACGAAGAAUCGCUACUUGAACAUCCUCGCCUAUGACCAUACGCGCGUGCAAUUGCUGUCAUGUGGUGGAGGACCCCCGAAGAAAGGGCAGGAUUAUGUAAACGCGAAUUACAUAGAUGGCUGGCAACGAGCACGAGCUUACAUCGGUACUCAGGGGCCUUUACCACCGACUUUCGAUGGAUUCUGGCGAAUGGUCUGGGAGCAAAGGGUGUCCAUCAUCGUCAUGAUCACGAAUCUGGUCGAACGGGGUCGGAAAAAAUGUGAUAUGUACUGGCCUAAAGAAGGGAGCGAGACUUACGGUCACAUUCAAGUAAGUCUCAUGAGGGAGGACGUAAUGGCGACGUACACAGUCCGGACUCUACACAUUCGUCAUCUUAAGAUCAAGAAGAAGAAAAACGGUACCAACAUGGGCGAGCGGACGGUCCUGCAGUACCAUUACACCGGAUGGCCCGAUCACGGAGUUCCGGAUCAUCCCCUGCCGGUCCUCAGCUUCAUCCGGAAGUCAUCUAAUGCGAAUCCUGCCGAUGCUGGUCCCAUCAUCGUACACUGCAGUGCCGGAGUAGGAAGAACUGGGACCUACAUAGUGAUCGAUGCCAUGCUGAAGCAGGCGAAGAGUAAAGGAGAGAUCAAUGUUUUCGGGUUCCUCAAACACAUUCGCACCCAGCGAAACUUCCUCGUGCAGACCGAAGAACAAUACAUCUUCAUCCACGACGCGCUGCAAGAAGCCAUCGAAAGUGGCGAGACGAACAUCCACUCGAACAACCUGAUGCAGCACAUACAAGACAUGCUGUGCCCCUCCAACAACAAGACGGAUCCAUGGAAUAAUUUAGAAGCCCAAUUUAAGCUGGUUACUUCGUGGAAGCCGAAGGACAUCAACUUGGUAUCCGCUACCAAGCCGUGCAACAUCCACAAGAACCGCAAUAUGGAAAUAAUACCUAUCGAGAACUCUCGCGUGCACUUGACGCCCAAGCCAGGAAUAGACGGUAGCGACUAUAUCAACGCCACUUGGUUCUCUGGAUUCCAACGUAAUCGGGAGUUCAUCAUAACCCAGCAUCCCAUGGAGAACACCAUUAUGGAGUUCUGGAAGAUGAUGUGGGACCACAACGCCCAGACUGUCGUGAUGUUGACGCAGAGCGAUGAGGAGUACCCUGAAUUUUGGCCAACGGAGGGGAAAGACUUGGAGUCCGACACUUUCCGCGUGCGGCUUUGUGGAAUCAAGCAAACCGAAAGUGGAAUCCUCUUACGCGAAGUGGCGGUUCGAUCAUUGCAAGACGAUUACGAGCUCAGUGCGAGGAUCGUCCAAGGACCACUCAAUCAAGGUGGCCCGUGGCCUCACAACAACAACCCAAACGUCUUCGUCAACGUCAUCCAAGACUUCCACCGGGACUAUCAGAACGGACCGAUCGUCGUAAUGGACAGGUUCGGUGGCAUCGAAGCCGGCCUCUUCGUCCUACUAACGACACUGAACAAGCAACUUGAAUUCGAGCAGAGCGCAGACAUUUACAUGUUCGCCAAGCUGCUACACAUGAAGAGGCCUGGCGUAUUCAAGACGAAGGAGGACUAUGCUCUGAUAUAUCACUGUCUGGAGUCAGUGCUGUCAUCGAAGACGCAGGUGGAGCCAGAUCUGUACGCUAUGCCGAACGGCCACGUAGGAUCAUUGAACAGGCCCACGGAUCCGUCGUUGAUGACAUCGUCAACGACCAUUCAACACUUGCCGGUCGACUACACCGUAAAAACGGCUCCUCGAGAAUACACCGUGGAGGUGACGUCGGAAUACCCUGCGGAAUAUUCUAUCCCUGUUCACCUGAGCCACUCGAAUGACCGAGGAGGUCUGGCGAACGCGAAUCGCGUCGGGCGGAGCGACCAUGUCAUUCCAGGCAACGCAGGGGUGCCCCUUUGCACGGCAAAUUACGGGAACCACCCUGUUGUCGGUGCCCACGUAGCAAUAGAUGCGAAUGGGUACAUUACCAACGGCAACAUGCGAGUGCCACCCGAAGGAAUGGAAGCCACCUGCGCGAAGGCUCCGCAAUGAUGGUAACUGGGCGAAGACCGGUGAUCUGCGUUCUCCAGUCGGUGAUCGGCCACUCGAGGACACUUCGGCGUCCAACUAGUGCUGACUCAAGUCGAACUCCAGAGUCAAAGGCGAAGAAAGAUCCCCUGGCGGCACCGGAAGCAAGAUGAAUGCCCCUUAACGAGCGCGCAGCUCUCUGCGCGGAGAACAAAGUGCUGUACCCCUUUGGGCCUAGACUACUCCGCUGGAGGACAAGAGGUUUAGCGAAAGUGUUUAUGGUCCUGGAGCCCUAAAGGACUCCAGGGGAUUAUCCUUCCCGUGAGAAACCGUGGGUAUGGAGACGUUUCCCUUGUCCCGGAAAGGAUCCGUCGUUUACAGAUGCCUGCAGCGUUUAGGCGUACUCUGCCUCUCCAUCGCCAACUCAUCGCAACCCUCGAGGACGGGUCGACGUUUCGUCCUUGAUGAGACAAUUCCGAACGCUAUGCUAACGACUUCACCGUAAUAUUUUAACGCCGUAAGACUCAGUAGGGAUAAUUAACGACCGACUGUAAUGAUCACAUCGAAAAUGAUUUCGAUCGUCGCCACGCGUAGAUGGCUGGUGGGAGGAGGCUCGCGUCGAUUACUCUAUGGAAAUUGAUGGAGACAUCUUUUAUAUCAUGAACGGGCACUCAAGGGACAGGUCGACAUUCGUCCGAUGUACUCUGUGUUGACUGUUAUAGAUGCGAUUUAUAGUCUUAUCAGUGCUGGAUGUAUGUACCGAUUGGGACAGCAGAUCCUGAAGUGGAAGGGAAGCGAGCGAGAGCUUGAAGAAAGACUAUCUGCGGUACAUCGGGAGGAUGUCACCGCGCGUUAUUAAUCGAUCAUUUUGUUGAUGAUAGUUUUAACAGUGAUUUUUAAUUAUUAGUUCCCCUUGCUGAAGGCGACAUUGUUGACGGCUUGGCCAGCCUCCUCUCGCGAGCCCGUGCGGGUAUUUUGUAUUCGAUUUGUAAAUAAUCGUACGGACCAUCCGACAACCCGAGUUGCCAAAGAAUUAGGUGGUAAUGUGUAAUUUUAAUCGCUAAACUAGCUCGUACGUAGACUGGGCUGUGUAUAUCUCGUGUGUACAUCGAUGUGUGAUUGGCGCGCAUGGAUACGUUUGAUCUUGUAGCGAUGUAAAUUCAUUGUGUCUGCUCUUCGAGCCGAACGUUCCUGAUGUGAUUAGCAUGCGUUUUGCUCAAUAUUUUCAGCAUUCCAGUGACACACUCCACACGUCUUGAAUGCAUUUACCAGAACUAAGCACGGAAAGCCGGACUCGCAGCGUAUGCUAAAACGAUUAGUGUAGUUAAUCCGAUCAGCUGUUACGGCGGCGGUCCAUUUACCCCUAACGAUUAUUGACAAUUUAUGCAUUUCUUUGUCCAUUCCUCGACAACAUCGAGUUUCGGCUCUUCGACACGGCCAAAUAAUAUUUUUUCUACGGCUUAUACACCUUACACCUUAAUACUCAUUUUAGAAGCGAAUCCUGAAGUCCGUUAAACAGUUCACCUCGUUUUCCUCGUAUACCGUGGAUUCCUUCAUUCCCAGAAUUUCUUAAACCAAUUUUUUACAACGCGAAUUCCGACCCUUACGUCGCAUAAGCUGCGUUAAUUUGUAACUACGACUUUUUCAACGCUAUUGCACAAACGACUCAGAGACUGUUCUUUUUUUUUUUUUAUUUAACUGUGCACUGCAAAGUGACUUCAGCUCCGGAAUUUGCCAUAGACUUUUCCAAUGCAUUUCGACGUUCAGACAUCAUCAUUUGCUAUGGUGUAAAAUUAAUAUUUAAUUCCUCGCCGCUAUUUGACAACAUUCCGCAAUGCUGUUCUACUCGACAAUGCGAAUUGAAGUCCGAGUUUAUUGCAAUUUAAGGUCGUGGGCAUUUUCGAGGAGAUAUUAAUGUUUAUAAGAAAAAUUCGAAAUGUCUGCCCACGGAUUAUGUCGGAUCGCAGAGUACGAUAUUGACAAUCGUGACAUCGGUAAAUAUAUCAUGCCGUCAUUAAAUAAUAUCCACCGCAAAGACACAUCUCUGGAAAUGCCAGCACUCGAGUCCGUUUUGUACCAUCGCAUACAAUUCUUUUGUUUAUUUUCUCUUUCCGUUUUUCUACCGAGUCUUGCGAAUGCCAGGUCGCUGGAUUUGCAUUGUUUUUAACGCAUAUCGAGUCGCCUACAAUCUAGCUGGGUUAAAUUACGCAAAAGCAUAGCCGGUAACGAGGAUAAUUUUCUUACUCGCGAGGUACGUCUUCAAUUGCACUGCACAAAUGAAAUCCAACUCGUAAGGUAGCCACUCCGUCGGGCGACGAAUUUAACAAGACUUAUUAACAUUGCUCUUUAAUGUUAAACUGGAACUUUUUAUCGUCUUAGAUGGUAGUCAGUGUUGAACCCGCGACGGACACGUCUCUAAGCCAAAUGGUCUACUCGUGAUGGAAUCAGUCUAACAAUCGAGUCACAAUUCUUGUGCUGUACGUAAUGUUCAUAAUAUAUAAAUGUAUAUUUAUAUCUAGCUGUAAGAUAUCGAAGUGUUAAUACUGAAGUGCGCGAACAACGGCCCGCGGUAGACAUUUCUACGAGGAAGUGCAGCCUGAUGUGCAUAAGAACUGCAUAAGUGCAUGCAGGAGAAAGCCACUGAAAACUAUCGAAGAUUACUAGAGCUGAAAUUUACAUUCCACGAGUCAUGCCAACUCCCGAAUGAUCACGUGUGAUAUCUUUCCAAUUCCAUCGGUAGCGAAUAAUUCUAACAAAUCUUUCUAAUUAAAUCGAAUUCUCUCCGGGUUUUCCUUCUUCCUCUGUGUUUAAUUGUAAGGAUAAUUGCAAGAUCAACGCGAGGAAGCCUUAAGGCUGAGUCGAGCACAAUUAUCUAACGACAUGAUAGAAAUUAAUUUCAAUUUAUUAACACGUUACUUUGUUAAUGGCACGAUGCAUUUGCAUAUUCCAGCUGAUGGGAUGUGUUUUAAGACUGACUCGGGAUUUUUGCUACUUCUACCGUAUAAUCGUCUAAGCUGUUAAACGACCGUCUCCGAAAUUAGCGUGUAAAUAAGCUAUUAGAUAUUAACUGAAAACAGGAAUUCCAUUUUUCCCUCCGAUGCUUUUUUACCGAGGAGGCUCCGGCAAAUUGAAUAAUCCGUCAUUUAGUCUAAUGACGUCGCUGUGCACUACAAUUCCAAUUGAUGGCCUACAAGCGAUUCUCUCUUUAGCACCUAGACAGAUAUGUAGUUACGAAUUCCAGGUAAUAAUACAAUUACGAGGUGAAUUGAAUCCAUUCAGGGGUUGGCAAAGAUUUCUCAUGAAAGGUGGAAUUAAAAAAAAAAUUUAUAUAUAUAUAUAUACGUAAUGGACAACAUACGGGAAAAAUUUAAUAGACCUUCGGAAGACUCACGUACUUUCGCUACUACGCUACUUUCUCGUAUCACAGGAAAUGUAACAACUGAUUAUACCGCACGGGCCGAUUAAUCAAACAAUCCCUCCUCUGCCCUCCUUCGAUCGGACACGUAUAUCGAUAUAAUACGUUUAGGCACAUAGAGAUCUAUUGACGAAGUGAGACCCGAAUCAUCGACUCUACGACACGUGUCCGCGGGACUGUAACAAAGUAAAAACCUAUGUACGUAGACUAAUGACAAAAUCGUACCGUAUGUGAGAAGUAAACCUACUCGGUGGUGCGUGAUCGGGACUCGAUCGAUGAUCGAUGAUCGACGACAGGUAAUUGCGAAGAUUCGCGCGGAGGAGUGCGCUCGCCCGGAGAAAACUAAAUGGCGGAAAGCUGCGAUUUGACAAACACUUCUCGAGGCGAGAUAUCGAUUCGUCCCCGAGAAGAUGAAUAUAAUAAGAAAAAAAAAUCGGAACCGGAAAUGAUGCGUCCGAUCGACUUUGCAGGGUAUACCGCACUCGAGGAACAAAAGAAAGUGUAGCGUUACCUAGGAUAUCGAAGUCAUAUUGAUAAUCUGUCUCUGUCUCGCGGAUGCGCGUUCAAAAGGGCGUUUUUCAGCCUCGGACGCAGUCCGCGUUCUACGGUACACGUAUUUCGAUAGUUGUACAAGAUCGAUAUAUUUAAAGGAGCAGACACAACGGUAGGGUAACCCGCUAGCCAGUAAGUUUUAAAGCGAACGAGCAUGUAUAGACUUUAUUUUAGAUUCUAGUCAGUAUACUGUUUGCGCAGCCUCGGACUAGAGUGGCCCUGGUUUGGCAAGGACCGAGAUCCUUGGGAAACGAGGGUCAGUCUUUCUGGAAAAAUUGAGGAAACUCCGACGAGCGAGAAAAUUCGAUCGGGAAAGUUGGAGCUGCUCCCUCGGCGUCCCCGCGAUGCGAGGCCCUCGAUUCCUCUUCGGAAGAUUUUUCUAAUCCCUCGGCAAGGCUUCCACGUUCUGGGGAAGACGGGAAGGAUUUUUAAAGCCGCGAACAUGUGGCGUGGAAAUUAAUUAGAAUUUAAUAAUAGAUCAUUUCACGGGCGAAGAAGAUUCGCACCGAGGGAGGCCGAGUCGGAGACGCGAGGUAGCACCGCACGCCUACAGGUCUUGUAAAGAUAUUCGAGGAUAUUCGCGGUGUAGCUUAUAAAUAUACAUUUAAUAUCAUCGGUCUAGCGGGCGACAACCAGGGCGCGAUCAUUCUCCACGGCACGUCGAAUUGCGCGAGCGGCGUUUGCGUUUGCGACUCUUGCGAAAGCGUACCUCUCGGUCGGUCGGCCAUUGGGAUUCCGAACGCGGCCCGAAAGAGACGGACAACCGGACUCACGUGAAGUAUAGCGUAAGCAUCGACUAGAGAAUUAUGCGCGAAGAAUUGAAGGCCGGAAAGGACACCUCGCGGAAGCACUCCUUUCUUUUCUUAAUACGGGUCCGCGGUAAAAUGGCGACUCGCCUCGAAAUCGGCUUGCCGAAAUCCCGAGAAGAAUCCCGGGCCCACUUUCGACCCCGAGGACUCUUCUACGGGAGAGGGCAGGAAUCUCGACGAGGAUCUCGUUUCCUGUGAAAACCCUGCGGGAGUGUCUCUCCCAUGCAGAUGCUUCACGACCAAUUAAAGCUAAGCUACCGCGCGCUCACUCGCCGGAUGGGGUGUAAUUCGAGUUCAUUACGAUGCAUAAUUAUACCCUAUUAAGCGCGUUACACCGCGCCGAGCUAAUGGCGGCUGUAACGCAAACUGGCCUACUCUGCGAUAAGUUCAACAUCGGUUUGUUUUUCCCGGCCCAAUUCCUUUAACUCGAGCUCCCCGGUAGUCGUUCUCGUGCUUUCAUCCGCGCUCUUUGGUGGCCGAUGUACCGUGCUCUAGGAUUACCAAGAAAGAGAGAGAGGGAGAGAAAAAAAAGAGAAAAUGAGAGGGAGAGACCCGGAUUUUUCCAAAGUUUGUACCUUUUUAUACGCGCUGUGGCGGCGCCCGCAGGGGACACCUCUUGUGCGCGCAUCGAAGUCACCGCUCUCCAACCGUUUCCGCAACUUUUUAACAUCGUUUUACUGUAGAGGAUCGUCCAAUUCGGCUCGCGGGGUCUCGUAGAGCCGAUCUCUCCCUGGAUGAAUCGUCGUUCCGUCAUUUAAUGUCGUUUCUUGUCGUCCCACGACUCGUCCUCGCGCACUCGCCGACUCCCUCGCGAAAUGGAGGAUUUAGAAAAGAAGAGACGCCAAAAAUCGCGAAUCCAAUUCCGACUUGCGGCAGACCGAGCACUGCCUGCGAAUUCACUGUGUUCCACUUGCGUUUGAUUCCGGAUUUCCGCCCCCGCCGCCCCCUUUAUCAGUUUCAAAUUCGAGGCUUCGAAAAUGGCCUCCGUCGACGCGGCGCGACAUAAUCUCUUAUCGGCGACGCCGCUCUCUAUCCUUUUAGACCGCGCGAUGCGAUCACCUGGAUCGAAGGUAUUUUUGUCAUUUCAAACAGUAUUUGUACAUAGACAUUGUAAAUACCACGGACGUCUAGAAGGACACGAGAGGCCCUCAAUUAUCGAAGGAUUAAUCUAGAGAGCGAUUUACGGUAAGAUACCACAUGUACGUGUAAUUAAGGUCUAGACAAUGAGAUAACUCGUGGCGACGUACAGAAUAUGUUAAUAUAUGUUAUUAAAGUAAUAACUCUGUGUGGCUUUCAAUGUCUGCGACCACAUGGAGGUAGUUUAACGAUAAUCGGACGACUGACGGGCAAACGAAGUCGAAUUCUCCUCGAGUAGCGACGACUGCAUUAUUUAUUUAAGCCGAAUGGAUGGGCUUUCUCCGAAUUUUUGUAUAAAUUUUCUUUCCAUGGCAAAUUGAGCAAUCCAUUGAUCGCCGUUCAUUUUGGCACGUGUAAAUAUCAUCGGUGAAAUUUAUUUCGAAUGUUUUAUCGAUGUUCCUUUUUGUUUUUAUAUAUCAGGGGGCAUUAACAAAGAAUAAGGAUUUCCUAGGAUUUAAAAAUGUAACGAUGGUAGACGAACCCCCCCCCAAUGACUGUACAGAUGACUAGGUUAUUCGGCUUUCUUUUUCUUUCGAGGGAGGAACAUCGUUUGCCCGCUACCAGUGUAUAACCGUAACAUAAAACGUUAUCGCAGUUAAAGAUGUACUCUGUGUAAUUGAUAGAUUUUAUGAAAUUCACUUGGAGCUUUUUCAUUUCUGCCGGGAGCGUCUCAGUGUACGUGGGGGAGAGAAAGAGAGAAAUCAAAUAGAGUGCAGACAGUUAAUCCAGAUGGGACUUUAUUAGAAUCACGAUUCCACGUCUUGGCAACCAUCGUUAGCGAGCUGUUUAGCGAGAUUAGAUAUUUUUUAACGCAAACGCUAUUCGCUCUGGAAAAUUGAUUUACGUCCGUCGAGGUGCAAUCGGUCCACACGUGUAGACGUAUAUAUAUAAAAGAAGCAAAAAAACAAAAGGAAGACACUUUGAAAUACCUAAUUUUUGUAUCCCCCAGAUCUUUAACUCGCGAGUCUCGCAGACCAUUCUGAAUAUAAGUACAAAAUGUCAAACCCGUUGAGUAGAAUUCCGAUUUUCCGAAGGGCAAAACGUCGUUCAGAUAUUUCAAUCUCUUUAGUUCCCUGUCCUAAGUACCGACAUAACUAAAUCGUCAAUAACCAAUGCUGGAAUAAAUUGUUAUUCAGACUGCGAGGUCGCUGAUCGCUUUCGCCGAUUCUUCCACCUUAUCGAAGGACCUUCGACAUUCGUUACGGCUUUUUCAGGGAUUUAUGAAAUUCCCGCGAACGGUGGGAAUAACUCGGUCGGUGUUAAAUUACCGUAGGGUUUCUUCAUCUCCGAACUUCUCAGGAUUUCCAUUAUUUUAUUUCCCAGCGGAGCCAGAGGCGGUGGGCACGAAACCUUAGGGUAGGAGCGCGUUAUCCCGAGGGACGCAACCCCGGGGAAAAUUGGGGCGGAAAUUUCCACCCAGGACACACAAUGCCCGUUCCCUAACUUCCCCUUACCUUCCGUUGCAUUUGAUUUAUGAAACUUCUAAUGGCCGCGGGUAACUUGACAGGAAUUUCCCCGACAACGAGGCACGGACACGCUUGUCUCGCGAUUAACUGCACAAUUCCACGCGACCGAGAACUGCUCCGAUUCGGGAGAAAAUCAAAAUGGCUCCGAUUAUAAUAAAACGGAUCCGUGGACAUCUGAGGUAAAACGAGGGCGCAGGCGACGACUAAUAAGGAUCCACUAAUAUUUUGUACGAAAGCGCACUUGCACCACGUUCCCACUUGCGGUGUCACGACGGUCCACCGUUUGCGUUCCUGUAACUAUCGAAUCGAUGUAAUAAAGUGU